AUGCAGGACCCACAACGGGGCGGAGGAUGGGCCGUCGCCUGCUGCCGCCAGCCCCGCAAGCACACAGGCCUCGCGAGCCAGGGCAGCCAGCGGCAGCAACGCGGGACCCACCCCAGAGGAGAAGGAGGAGGCGUACUGGCGCCGCCCGCAAAAGGCGGUGUGGGCGGGGCCUUGGCGCAGCGGUGCGCGCGGGCCUUCGGGAACGCGGCGCGCAGGCAGCGGAGACCGCAGCGGCCGCGGAGGAGGCGGUUGCUGCGCCGGGUCCUGGGGUCGCUGCUUGAGGCGCAGGCGCCGUGGACUCAGCCAUCCUGGUCCUUGCAUCGCCGUGGGCUCGUAAUGGCGACCAAGCAGAGGCCUUUCCACCUGGUGGUGUUCGGCGCCUCUGGCUUUACCGGCCAGUUCGUGACCGAGGAGGUAGCCCGGGAGCAGAUGUCCCCGGAGCGGAGCUCCCGCCUGCCCUGGGCUGUGGCGGGCCGUUCUCGGGAGAAGCUGCAGCGAGUCCUGGAGAGGGCUGCCAUGAAACUGGGAAGGCCGACACUGUCAUCUGAAGUUGGAAUAAUAAUUUGUGAUAUCACUAAUCCAGCCUCACUUGAUGAAAUGGCUAAACAGGCAACAGUUGUCCUCAACUGUGUAGGACCAUACCGAUUUUAUGGAGAACCUGUAGUAAAAGCAUGUGUUGAAAAUGGAACUAGCUGUAUUGACAUCUGUGGAGAACCUCAGUUUCUGGAACUAAUGUAUUGGAAGUAUCAUGAGAAAGCUGCAGAAAAAGGGGCUUAUAUCAUUGGAAGCAGUGGCUUUGACUCCAUUCCAGCAGAUCUGGGAGUAAUAUAUACCAGAAAUAAAAUGAAUGGUACAUUGACGGCUGUGGAAAGUUUCCUGACUAUACAUUCAGGACCUGAGGGAUUGUGCACUCAUGAUGGUACCUGGAAGUCAGCGGUUUAUGGUUUUGGAGAUCAGAGUAAUUUGAAGAAACUACGAAAUGAGUCCAAUUUGAAGCCUGUCCCAAUUGUUGGUCCAAAAUUGAAAAGAAGGUGGCCAAUUUCUUACUGCAGAGAACUCAACAGUUAUUCCAUUCCUUUCUUGGGAGCAGAUGUGUCUGUUGUGAAGCGGACUCAGCGUUACUUGCACGAAAAUUUACAGCAAUCACCUGUUCAGUAUGCUGCUUAUGUAACUGUGGGAGGUGUCACCUCUGUUAUUAAGCUGAUGUUUGCUGGACUUUUCUUUUUAUUCUUUGUGAAGUUUGGCAUUGGAAGGCAACUCCUCAUAAAAUUCCCAUGGCUCUUCUCCUUUGGUUAUUUUUCAAAACAAGGUCCAACACAAAAACAGAUUGAUGCCUCAUCAUUUACGUUGACAUUUUUUGGUCAAGGGUACAGCCAAGGCUUUGGUCCUGAUAAGAACAAACCAAAUAUCAGAAUUUGUACUCAGGUGAAAGGACCAGAAGCUGGCUAUGUGGCUACCCCCAUAGCCAUGGUCCAGGCAGCCAUAACUCUACUAACUGACACCUCUGAUCUUCCUAAGGCGGGUGGGGUCUUCACUCCUGGAGCAGCUUUCUCCAGAACAAAGCUGAUUGACAGACUCAACCAGCGUGGCAUUGAAUUUAGUGUCAUUAGCAGCUCUGAAGUCUAAACGUUUGAAUAAUUAACCGAAGUCAUAAAAUGCAUGAAUUAACAGCUUUUUAAUUUGAUAUUUGAAAUUCUUCUAUAAGCCUGUCUGACUGUAUGUGGAAAAGAUUGUCAUAUCUAAAAUAUGUAUAUAGUACAAGCAGGGAAUUGUACCAGCUUACCAUAAAUUUCAAAUCUUAGCUGAUUUUUGUGAUUUUAUUGCUUGUGAGAAAAAAUUAAUAUUUGACUUUUUCAUUGAAGAAUUCAAGGUCAGUUUUUUAAGUGAGCUGGAAGAUCAGAGGGUGGGAUGGGUGGCUCUCUCUGUGUGGCUGACACGCCCAGGCUGGUGGUCAUGUAAGACGGCAACUGCUCUUUUCCUCGCCAUGAUAUUGAAUGGGAUCUCACUUCCCCAUGAAUUUCUCUGCAUAGUGUAGGCCUUUGCCAAAUGAAACUGCAGUUUUUGCUAUUUUAGCCUACUUUUUCGCGCAUCCACGCUGACUGAUUUUGGACUCUUACCUAAGUUUAAUAAUAAAGGAUUGUCAAUUGAACAGUG